AUGUUUCAGAAAGAGGCUAAAAAUGAAACCGUAUGCAAUUCAUCUUCUGCAAGAAUUGAAACAGAAAGACUAUGUCAAAUGUAUGAAGCCAUGGAGGAUGAAACAUUUCUUGAACAUCUCAUUUUUAGUGAAGCAACCUUCCACAUGAGUGGCAAGACUUGGAGGAAUGUUGUAGAUGUUGCUGUCGUUAACUGUGCAGAGUCUCAGAAUGUAAAUUUGUGUCGUGAUUAUGAUAUAAAUGGUUUUCCCACUAUAAAGUUGUUUGAAGCAUAUGCAAAUGAAACUAAACUAGGAGAAGCCCUUACUGGAAAUAGAGAUAUUAAUUCUAUGGAAAUUUCUAUUAUUAAUUUCUUGGAAGCACAUUGGAAUGACAAAGGCAAAUGGCCCACUUUUGAUCCCAUAGAUGUUAGUACUGUGAGAAGAAUUACAAAAUCUAUGGCUGAUAAUGAGGAAUCUGUUUUGCUCUUUAUUGAGUCUCCUGAUUCUUUUAUUGGACGAAAGGUGAUUUUAGAUUUGUCAUUUCAAAGAAGUGUGUCAGUUCGAAGAGUAUUGACAACAAAUACUGCUCUCUUGAAGGAUUUAGAUACAAAAAUUGAAAAUUCAUCAUUACCAGUUGUCUUAAAGUUGUACAGAGAUGGAAAAGAAGAAUUAGUACACCGAUUUUCUGAUGAUUUUAAUUCAACUUAUAUUCGAGAUCAAAUCUUUGAAAGUAUUGUGGGACGUGCAAGAAAUAAACCUGGCCUUCAGGUGUUCAACCCUAAAAAGAAUUCCCAUGCUCAAGUAUCCACUGUGAAUUCUGUACAUAUGACUGACCUUGAAAAUGCAAUAUAUUACUCAUUAACUCAAGAAAUAGGUGUUGUCAAGUAUAUAACUGAGGAGAAAUUCUCUGUGCUCAAAUCUUACCUUUCAGUAUUGAAAGAUCAUUUCCCUGGUUCUCCUCAUCUGAUUGGCUUCCUGUCCGAGUUACACAAAUGGGUAUCAGCAAAGACAGAUAAUAUUACUGGUGAAGAAUUUGUGCAUGCCAUGGAAAAUUUAAAGGGAAGUGAGAUUUACUUACCGAAAAUGCGUGAUUGGGUAGGCUGCAAAGGCAGUGAACCAAGAUACAGAGGAUAUCCUUGCUCUCUGUGGACAUUGUUCCAUACUUUAACCAUACAAGCAGAAAACAUGUUUGAAGAUGCUCGUGGAUAUAUGAAGAAAUGGGGCACAAAUGCUUUGUUCACUAUUAGAGACUAUGUUAAGCAUUUUUUCACUUGUGAAGAAUGUUCUCAGAAUUUUGCAAAAAUGGCAGAAAAUCUUGAAGAUGAAGUGAGCACAGCUCGAGAGGCUGCACUUUGGUUAUGGAAUGCACAUAACAGAGUAAAUCAGAGGCUAGCUGGUGAUGUUACUGAGGAUCCAAAGUAUCCCAAGAUUCAAUUUCCAACUAAAGAAAUGUGUGGAAAAUGUCGGAUUGAGGAAGAUGAAUCUGGAAAUAUCCAGUGGGAUAAAGCUCUUGUUCUACGAUAUCUUCAACACUUUUAUGGAAAAGACAGCAUCAUCAACUCACAAGUUCCGCAAGUGAAAGAAGCUCUGUCUGUUGACCAGAUUGCAGGAGUAGAGAAUUCUUCUAUGGGAAUAAAGUUUACUCUCUGUCCUGUAUCAACUCUUCUGCCCAUACUGCUGUAUGUCAUCAUGUACUUUCUGGAUGCUUAAUCUUCUGAAGGCCAUUAAGCAAGUGCUACAUUAUGAUGUAGUUAUAUAUAUAACAAAGGUUAUGCAUAAUACUAUAUUUGUUAAAUACCAGCUUCAGUUCUGUUUUUUAUAGCAAGAACUAAAGAUUUGAAUGUAUAGAUUUUUUUUUUUUUUUUUUUUUUUUUUUUAAUAUUCUCUUUGCUCUAAUUAAAGGCAUGCAGAGGCGAAUGCGCUUCAGUUAUACUGUGAAGAAUAAAAAUUAGAGCAGUUAAAUUAUUUAGGAUGCCCUCUAAAAAUAUUUGCAUCAGUUGCUUUAUGGAUAUGCUUUUUAAAUAUCUUUCACACUUAAGAGUAUUGUAUCCUCCCCUUUCCGUUCUAAAAGUUAUUAACUCUUAAACCAAU